GUGAAGAAGAUGGGUGGCUUAGGGCUGCUGGCUGUGGAUGUGCCAGAGAAGUACAAAGGAACAGGCCUCGACUACUUGGCCUAUUCCCUUGCUGUGGAGGAGAUCAGCAGGGGCUGUGCGUCCACGGGCGUCAUUAUCAGCGUCAAUAAUUCUCUGUAUUUAGGGCCGAUACUCAAGUUUGGCUCUGAAGAACAGAAGCACAAGUGGAUUGCUCCCUUCACCAGCGGAGACAAAGUUGGAUGUUUUGCCCUUAGUGAACCAGGAAACGGCAGUGACGCUGGUGCAGCAUCCACGGUGGCCCGUCUGGAUGGUGACGAGUGGGUUCUGAAUGGCACCAAGGCCUGGAUCACCAAUGCUUGGGAUGCCUCGGCCGCUGUGGUGUUUGCUACUACAGAUAAAUCCAUGAAGCACAAGGGCAUUAGUGCGUUCCUGGUUCCCAUGCCAACUGCUGGGCUGUCACUGGGGAAGAAAGAAGACAAGCUGGGAAUCAGAGCCUCUUCCACUGCCAACCUGAUAUUUGAGGACUGUCGGAUACCCAAGGCCAACCUUCUGGGGCAGCUGGGAAUGGGCUUCAAAAUCGCUAUG